GGCAGGCAGGCUGGUUGGCUCUCUCCAGCUCGGGCUGGACCUGGAGUGCUGGACCUGCGUCAGUCAGCCAGCUCGGCUCAGGCACUCCGCUCCAGCCCCACACCUCACCAUGGCCAUGGAGGUAGACAGCAGGCCUGGGGGGCUCCCCGGCAGUGGUAGCGACCUGGGCGCAGCUCGCCAGCACAUGCAGGCGGUCACCCGAAACUACAUUACUCACCCCCGUGUCACCUACAGGACCGUGUGCAGCGUCAAUGGGCCCCUGGUGGUGCUGGACCAGGUCAAGUUCGCCCAGUAUGCUGAGAUCGUCAACUUCACCCUCCCAGAUGGGACUCAGAGGAGUGGGCAAGUGCUUGAGGUGUCUGGGAGCAAGGCAAUUGUUCAGGUGUUUGAAGGGACCUCUGGGAUUGAUGCUCGGAAGACCACCUGCGAAUUCACAGGGGACAUCCUACGGUCUCCGGUGUCAGAGGACAUGCUGGGUCGGAUUUUCAAUGGUUCUGGCAAACCCAUUGACAAGGGACCGAUGGUCAUGGCGGAGGACUUCCUCGAUAUCAAUGGCCAGCCCAUCAACCCCUACAACCGCAUCUACCCUGAGGAGAUGAUCCAGACUGGCAUCUCUCCCAUCGACGUCAUGAACAGCAUUGCCCGUGGCCAGAAGAUUCCCAUCUUCUCAGCAGCUGGGCUCCCCCACAACGAGAUCGCUGCCCAGAUCUGCCGCCAGGCGGGGCUAGUGAAGAAAUCCAAGGCCGUGGUGGAUUAUCACGACGACAACUUUGCCAUCGUCUUUGCAGCCAUGGGGCCCUCCCUGUUGUGUGUCCAGGUGAACAUGGAGACAGCCAGGUUCUUCAAGUCCGACUUUGAGCAGAAUGGGACCAUGGGGAACGUCUGCCUCUUCCUGAACUUGGCCAACGACCCCACCAUCGAGAGGAUCAUCACCCCUCGCCUGGCACUGACCGCUGCUGAAUUCCUCGCCUACCAGUGCGAGAAGCACGUGCUGGUCAUACUCACUGACAUGAGCUCCUACGCCGAGGCCUUGCGGGAGGUCUCAGCUGCCAGAGAGGAGGUGCCGGGGCGCCGGGGCUUCCCCGGAUACAUGUACACAGACCUGGCCACCAUCUAUGAGCGGGCGGGCCGUGUGUCGGGCCGGGGUGGAUCCAUCACUCAGAUCCCCAUCCUCACCAUGCCCAAUGACGAUAUCACCCACCCGAUCCCAGACCUGACCGGCUUCAUCACAGAGGGGCAGAUCUACGUGGACAGACAGCUUCAUAACAGACAGAUCUACCCCCCCAUCAACGUGCUCCCUUCCCUGUCGCGACUGAUGAAGUCCGCCAUUGGUGAGGGCAUGACAAGAAAGGACCAUGGCGAUGUCUCUAACCAGCUGUACGCCUGCUACGCCAUCGGCAAGGACGUGCAGGCCAUGAAGGCCGUGGUGGGGGAAGAGGCGCUCACUUCCGAGGACCUGCUCUACCUGGAAUUCCUGCAGAAGUUCGAAAAGAACUUCAUCAACCAGGGCCCCUAUGAGAACCGCUCGGUGUUCGAGUCGCUGGACCUGGGCUGGAAGCUGUUGCGCAUCUUCCCCAAGGAGAUGCUGAAGCGCAUUCCGCAGAGCGUGGUCGAUGAGUUCUACUCCCGCGAGGCGGCGCCGCAGGACACCACGUCCGACACUGCAUUCUAGCCCCGCCCUCAGCACCGUGCUGGGACCCCUGCCCUCCGCAUCACGCCCAUGCACCCCUCUUCCCCCCCACCGCCCCCCAUCCUGAAGGUUCCAUACACCUGAGCCAACCGCACCACCCUCAGCCCCCGCCCGCUACGCUCCAUCCCUGUCCCUGGCUUCCUAGCGCUGGGAAAGAACAGAUUGUCAAGCCUGUGUUCUAUGUCUUGUUCUGAUAGGAGCAUUUGUAUUUGUAUUUUAAAAGCCCCCAAAUGAAAAGUAAUUGAGGUGAA